CUAGAGCGUCUUCUCUUUUUUGGUUGGGGUGAAAGGGAGGGGGCAGAGAACAGAGAUUUGGAAAGGGCUGAGAAUGGCCGCGAGCUGAGUUGGGGGGCACGGGAGGGUCUUCUUCAUCGGCGUUUUGCCCCUCCCCAGUAUUCAUAUUUCCUUCCUCUUUUCCAGCCUCAGCUUCUCUCUUUUGGCUGCCCCAGUUCGGGGGCGGGGGAGGCUAAGGCAGCAGGAGCGCCGCAACCAUGAACCUGGAGCGAGUGUCCAACGAGGAGAAACUCAACCUCUGUAGGAAAUACUACUUAGGCGGCUUUGCUCUGCUUCCUUUCCUGUGGCUGGUGAACGUCUUCUGGUUUUUCCGAGAAGCCUUCCUGGCACCAGCAUACACCGAGCAGCUGCAGAUCAAACGCUAUGUCCAGCGUUCGGCUGUGGGCCUCCUCUUUUGGGUGAUUGUGCUCACCACGUGGAUCAGCAUCUACCAGACGCACCGGGCGCGGUGGGGCGAGAUGGGCGACUACCUCUCCUUCACCAUCCCCCUUGGUACCCCCUGAGGAGUCUCUUCUCUUGCUGAUCGCCAGCGGGAACCUUCUAACUCUUUUUCCAAUGGACUUCCUGGGCGGCCGGGCAGCAGUCAUCCUGACUUCCCCCUUCUACGGAACUAGCCCGGCAUCGUCUUGUGGCAAACUGGGGAGGGGCUGCCUCUCAGCAUUCCCCGGGAUCCUCCAUCCGGCGUACCCCACUACAGGCUAUUGGCAGAAGCGGUCAAUAAAUAUGGGAUUCUCC